AAGAGAAGAAUGUGGGUGUGUUCUCUUCUGGGCCAUAAAGAUAGCUGAUAGCAUGUAGAUUGUAGACUGCUUGGCUAGAAGGAAGGAAAUCCAAUUGAUGCUGAUGGAGGUAAAACAGAGCUAAUGUUGUGCAAUGAUCAUUGCAUCAAGAGGAAUAUCUGAAGGGGAACUACAAACUUUAUGUAACAUGAAACCUGUGUAAGUGUGAGAGGAAAGAAAAGGCUUAAAACGAAUGGAUUGGUAGCCAUUUCAGACGGUCAGCUUUAAAGGUCCAACACUAUAAGGAGAGAGAAAGCAAAUUAAAGCGAAGAGUAGGCACAAAGCCGGCUGACUCCACUCUGCACUAUUGAUCUCACUGAGGACUGAGUGAUUCAGCACCAUGGGAAAAUCAGCCUCCAAGCAGUUUGCUGAGGAAGUGCUGCAGUGCCAUAAUGAAUAUAGAAAGAAGCACCAGGCCCCUCCACUAAAGCUGAGCGGGAAACUGAGCAAAGAGGCUGCCCGUUAUGCUGAAAGUCUGGCUAGCACACGAAUCCUGAAGCACAGUGAGGAGUCCAGCAGGGGGAGCUGUGGAGAAAACCUGGCAUGGGCUUCUUAUGACCAAACGGGGACGGAUGUGGCAGAUCGUUGGUAUGAAGAAGUAAAACAGUACAACUUCAACCGCCCUGGAUUCUCCUCUGGCACUGGCCAUUUCACUGCAAUGGUGUGGAAGAGCAGCAAGUCGCUCGGUGUGGGAAAAGCCACGGCGUCAGAUGGAUCUUCCUUUGUUGUAGCCAGAUAUUUCCCAGCAGGGAAUAUCACAAACCAAGGACACUUUGAGAAUAAUGUCCUCCCAUCUAAAACCAGCUCUUGAAGACCCAAUGAUCCUCCUUGACUUUACACGGGCCCAAAAAUAUUUAUUUAGAAUUAAAGGGGAACAGCUGUCUCCCCUGCAGAGCUCUGGAGUAUGCAGCGGCACAUCCUGCUGGAUAGAAAGCCAAACUGCGAUCUUGUAGGAUUUUGAAAGAUAAAACACACUAAGUCCUUUAUGGCUAUAAGGCCUGUGUAGGGCAUAGUGAUACCUAAUAUUUUUGUUUGUGUACAAUGUUUUCUGUAUUUGUUUCCUUUUUUGUCAGCUAAUUUAGGGAAAAGGUCACCAACAUGCAGACAUAUUGCCUCAAUCUGAAGCUGAUGACUGUACAUGCUUGGAAUGUCUUUGUUAUUGCACCUUCUUGUUGAAAAAUAUGGAUCAGGCUUGUGUUGUUUCUUCACACCCCAAUUCAUUUGUACAAUAAAGCUGAAAGAUUGUCAGUACAAAACAUACACAACAUUUUUGUCUUUCCAUCAAGAUUUUCUGAGUUGGUUUUGGUUGUGUAUAUGUUAAAGAUAUGCCCAUAAAUCUUUAAAGCAAUUAUAUUAAUUUACAUUGAAAGAAGAAUCAGAAAAGACUAAAUAUAUUGCCUUCCAAACGUGCAAAUACCCUCUGAACCUUUUCACAUUUUGUCACCAACAAACCUUGUUGUAUUUUAUUGGGGUUUUAUGUGAUAUACCAACAUAAAGUUUGUCAAAUUUGUGAAAUGGACGGAAACACGAUUUUCAAACAUUUCUAUAAAUUAAAAUCUAAAAAAUGGUGGUGUGGAUGUCUUUAACCCCAUUUACUCUGACGCCUCUAAAUAAAAACCAUUGCAACAUA